AGAGCGGCUCGUGAGGUGGUUGUUAGUGCGCGCUCUCUGUAAUUAUUCCCCUCCAAGUUUUCUUUGUAAUUCGCUUGUACUUUUAAAAGUCACGGAUUUCGUGUGGGAAACGCUCACUGCUAUGAAGUUUCGUUGAUCAUUGAGUUGGACAGCGCACUGGAGUGUAUAUUCGGACUGGAAGCUUCCCAGUAACGAUACCUACCGUCUUACCGCAGGACUUCAGCCACUGGUGCAGCUUACAUUUGAGCCCUCGGAUAAGCAACGAUGAUACUCUCUAUUUCAGAUUCAAGUUAAAGCGGUUGUAUUUUUUUAACAUUUGGAUUAAGACAACAGUUUUUAAAGUGAACAUGGGUCCUUUUUGGAUCUUUAUUGUCGCUUUAAUUGGAUGUAGUAGCAGCUCGACCGGAGUAGAAGGAGCAUGUGUCCAUCAAGGCUCGUUGUAUGCGAACGAUACAUCGUGGAAACCAGACACCUGUCAGGACUGUAGCUGCUACAACGAUAUUGUCAUUUGCAGACCAACCCGCUGUCGAAAUCCACAGUGUGACUUUCAAAGGGGUGAACGUUUGAGAAUCCCACCCAACAAGUGUUGUCCUGAAUGUUUCGCGCAGUUGUCUGGUAUCUGCCACCAUGAGGGAGUGGCUUAUGGGCAUGACAGUCAGUGGAGCACUUCCAAAUGUUCGGUGUGCACAUGCUCUCACGGGAAGGCAGCCUGUGGACCACGUGCUUGUGCUCCCCUCAGCUGUGGGAAAGACCAGAGUCCCUUCAUCCCAGAUGGUGAAUGCUGCCCUAUAUGCGCACAGAAAGGAGUCUCUUGCUCAUGGGAAGGCAGUGAGUACCGAGAUGGUGUUGAAUGGACCCCCAGCCCCUGUACAAAGUGUCGAUGCAGAAACGGUCAAACUGAAUGUCUGGUUGCAGAGUGUCAGCCUGUUACAUGCAAAGCGAAUGAGAACCUGGUUGUCCAGCCAGGACACUGCUGUCCUGUAUGUGAGCCGAACUUCUGCGUGGAGGCUGGGAAUGAAUAUAAGCAUGGUGAACAGUGGAAGAAGGGCAGCUGUACCACAUGUGUGUGUGAUGGAGGUCGAUCUCGCUGUCACACAGAGAAGUGCUCUCCUCUCAGCUGUGACAAAGGUCAGAUGAAGAUCAAGCGAGUCGGCCAAUGCUGUGAAGAGUGUGUCACAUCUAAAGACAGCUGUCGCUAUGAGGGCAUCAUCCGUUACCAUGGCGACAUGUGGAACAGCACCGGUUGCGAGUUCUGCAUGUGUGAACGAGGUCAGGUUCUGUGCCAGCGGGUUGAGUGUGCCAGAACCGAGUGCCCACGGGGAGAAAAGCUGGUCCAGCUGCCAGGAAAGUGCUGCCCGGAGUGUAAAACAGCGACUAGUUCUUGUACAUAUCUCCUGCCAGACCAAAAGGGUACGAAAGGCAAUGUCAAGAGUUUUAAGCGCCUGGCUGAUUUAGAGAGUGUGAGAGAAGGACAGUGUCGCGAAUGCCAGUGUCAGGAGGGUCAUGUGACCUGUUACCAGCUUUCUUGUCCCACAUGUCCAUUGGGCAAUGAGCAAUGCUGUCCAGACUGCAAUCCAGCCGUCCAGUGUCACCAGGACUGUUUAACGUGUUCUGGCACACCAGAUCAUUGUGACAGUUGUAAGGACCCUUCUGCCCUGCUGAUGAAUGGACGCUGUCUGCAAUACUGUCCUGAAGGCUUUUUCGCUCGGGGCAAAGUUUGUGCAGCAUGUCAGCCGUCAUGUGCCACCUGUGAGAAUGACUUUGAAUGCACAGCGUGUGGUGGGUCCUUUCUCCUCAGCGGCAGGCAGUGUGUGACCACCUGUGAGAGAGGUCUGUUCCAGGACCACACACGCUGUCUUAGUUGCCAUGACUCUUGUUCAUCGUGCAAGGGGGCGGGGCCUCAGGAUUGUUUGACAUGCUCAGACCCCUCUCACUUACUGAAGGAUGGAUUCUGUGUUAAUCAUUGUGGCCCUGGCUACUAUGCUAGUCAAGGCAGCUGUUAUGCUUGUGACCCUUCGUGUGUGACUUGUCAACCUGGCAGUCCUCGCUGCAUGAGCUGCCCAGCUGGACAUGCGUUGCAUCAUGGGAAAUGCAAAGCACAAUGUCCACCACAGCAUUACAAAGACAACCAUGGGCGUUGCCAAGCAUGCCACAGUUCAUGUGCAUCCUGCUCAGGGCCCUCCGUGUCUCAGUGCAUCUCCUGCCCAAGGUCUCUCAUCCUGAACCAAGGCCAGUGUGUGGAGUCCUGCGGAGAGGGCUUUUUCUCCAGAGGAGGCCACUGUCACAGAUGCCAUGUGUCCUGCAGGGCAUGCGUAGGGCCUGAUUUCUCAGACUGUAUACGCUGUGUAAAGCAAGAAGAGGUUCUGCAGCCUCAGAAUGGACAUUUGUCUCACGGGUCCUGCAUGUCUGCUUGCAGACCACAGCAUUACCUUGACCCAGAUCGGACCUGCAAAGGAUGUCACACCUCAUGUUCAGACUGCACUGGUGGAAAUUUCCAGAACUGCAUGUCCUGUGUACAACCAAGUGUUCUUCACCAAGGGCAGUGUCUCAAUAAAUGUCCCGAUGGCUUCUUUGCUCAAGACCGCACAUGCCAAGCCUGUCACCCAUCAUGUAAGGAGUGCACAGGCCCCUCUCAGGCGGACUGUUCUGCUUGUCCUGCUCAUGCCAGUCUCCAUAAUGGAUACUGUCGAACCAGCUGCCCUGAGGGCCAGUACCUGAAUGCUGUGGGCUACUGCAGUGAGUGUGAGGAGGGGUGUCAGCGGUGUGUUGCAGAUCUCCAGUUGGGCUUUGGUACAGUGUGUUUGUGGUGUAAGGUUCCAAAAAUGUUUCUGCUGGGAGAUCACUGUGUACCGCAGUGCCCAUCCAAAUACUACCGGAGGCAUGGAUCAUGCAAAAAAUGCCACUCUUCCUGUGAGGAGUGCAGUGGGGAUGGUCCUCUCUCCUGUACUUCCUGUUUGGCCCCUGCUGUUCUGGCCCUGUCCGGUCUCUGCAUCACACAUUGUCCAGUUGGGUAUUACGCUGAUGAACACAGAGUGUGCCAAAUGUGUGACAGCCAGUGUCUGAGUUGUGAGACGGCAGGUGUGUGUACUUCCUGUAGGGAUCCAGCUAAAGUGCUUCUUUUUGGAGAGUGCCAGUAUGAGAGCUGUGCUCAACAGUAUUAUCUCAACACAACCACACGCAUGUGCAGAGAGUGUGACUGGAGCUGUAACGCAUGCCGCGGACCCCUGCGUAGUGACUGUCUGCAGUGCAUGGAGGGAUAUGUCCUGCAGGAUGGCAUUUGUGUGCCAGGCUGCUCCCCCGGAUUCUACCAAGACGCUGAUAGAUGUCUGAGCUGUGAUGAGCACUGCGAACAGUGCCAGGCUCCCAAUCGAUGCCAGCAGUGCCAGCUGCCGUACGCCGGUUUAAAUGGCCACUGUGUGUUGGAAUGCGGCAAGAAUCACUUUCUAGAUGACUCCACCCGUCAGUGUUCUUCAUGCUCGGCCGGUUGCUUGGAAUGUGUGAGUUUAGCUGAGUGCCGUAUCUGUGCUGAGAACUUCUUUUUGAAGAACGGCCAAUGCAGCCCAGACUGUGGUCAUGGAUACUACGCUGACCAAAAAACCAGAGCCUGCCAUGCAAACAGUCGUGCUCCGUCACUUUACAUCAAUGGUUCUCUACUUGUUCCUAUUGGUGGAGUUACGCCGCUAGAUCCAACGCUUCUGUCAAUCAAGGAUGCAGACAGCCAAUCAGAGAGCAUGCUGCUACAGCUCCUUCAGCCACCAAGUAAUGGUCAUCUAGUGAUCCUGGAGAAUGAAAAAGAGAGAACAUUGGGCAAAGACGACGCUUUCACCCUCACUCAGAUCAAAAGCAGAGCUGUGCGCUUUAUUCACGACAGAGAACAGUCCAAAAAUGGGCAGUUCUUGUUAAGAGCAGCAGAUCCUCAACUGUUUUCGCAGCCACAAACUGUUCCUGUGCAGGCAGUCUCCCACCAGCCACCCACUGUGAUGACCAACCAACUCUUGCACAUCAACUCCGGUGAGACCGCUGUCAUCAGCAGGUCCAUUCUUCACAUCGAUGACCUCGAUAAUCCACAGGAUGUGUUCAUUACGGUACUGGAUCCACCUCGACACGGCCACCUGACGCAUGUGCACGCUGAUAUGCCCAUAACUCAUUUUAAGCUGGAGGAGCUGGAUCGCGAGCAGCUUCAGUACGUACACGACGGUUCAGAUGGAGUCCAGGAUAGACUUCUGCUGCAGGUCAAUGAUGGACACAGCUACCAGAACCUUCUCUUUUACAUCAGCAUUGCACCAAAGGUUGGGUUGAUUCCUCGUCUCCGUUCAGUGCCCAAAACCUGGGUGAGGGAAGGAGGAAUGGUGCAGCUUUCUAAGAAAUGUCUCAACGCUCAGUUCAAAGGGAGCAGUGACUCGGAAAUCCUCUACACCAUCCAGUCUGAAAGUGCUAAGCCCAAAUAUGGAGAGAUUGUACUGGUGUCUAUGCCUGCUGAUGGUCCAGUGGAGGCGUGGGAGUUCCUCCCAGAUGGCCAAGACACCACACCCACAAGCUCAUUUACACAGCAGGAUAUUAAUGAGGGAACUGUCUGGUAUAGACAUUAUGGAUCCGGGGCACAGAGAGACACUUUUCAGUUUCAGGUUUCAAGCGAGGUGUAUCCAGAAACUGUGAGCGAUACACAGACCUUCACUAUAGGGGUGAUGCCGCAGACCCCUGGCCUGCCUCAGCUCUCACCUGGAGCCGACCUGCAGAUCACUGCACUGGAAGAUCGUGUGACUGUGAUAUCUUCUUCUGCUCUUUCCUUCACUGACUCUGAGACACCCAGUGACAAGCUUGUCUACAACAUCACCAAACCGCUCACCUCGGGCCACGGUGCAGUGGAGCACAGAGACAAACCAUACCAGCAUGUGCGUUUCUUCACCCAGGCUGAUGUAGACAGUGGAAAAAUUAUCUACAGACCCCCACAAGCCCCUUCCCAUCUCCAGGAGCUCUAUCAGUACUCUUUCACAGGUCUUCCAGAGUCUGUGAGUCUCCAUUUUACAGUGUCUGAUGGAGAGCACACCACACCAGAAAUGGACUUUGCUAUCCUGCUGUUGGUCAAUCAUCAGCAGCCACCCGUCUUUCAGAUCCUGGAUCCGGUGCUGGAGGUCAGCCUGGGAGGCAGGGCACCAGUGGGUGGACGACAGUUAGCAGUUACAGAUGCUGACACGGCCCCUGAUGAACUGGAGUUCGAGCUGGUUGAAGGGCCCCUCCACGGCACUCUCCUGAGAGUGGACCUUAGCUCCCAGCUUCAGAUGGUCAAUGGUGACACCUUCACCUUCAGUGACAUCACCAGAAACGUUCUGCAGUACGUGCAUGCUGGUCUCACCACAGAGGAGGACUCCAUGACCUUCUCUGUGACGGAUGGGAUGUCUAUGACCUCAAUUACGGUGCAGGUCUUAGUGUCGGAGGUCAAAGAUGACGCACCCAGACGUGACCCCGAUGCCCUGCUGUCCAUGGAGGUGCCGGAGAGGAGCAGCAGCAUUUUUAGACGUUCACACUUAGCUUAUGUGGAUGAUGAAUCUCCGGAUGAAAACAUUUUCGUGCAGUUAGUGUCUGUGCCAAUGUAUGGAAUCCUCACCAAAACCAAAUUUGAAACAGAUCAUGAGGAACUUAGUGAAUAUUCCUCCUUUACAAUGGCAGACAUAAACAACCACAAAAUCAGGUAUGUUACAUCCUUUGAAACUGGGAACCAGCCGGUCACUGACAUUUUCCACUUUGUUGUUUAUGAUGGUGAGAACAAUCGUCUGGAGAACCAGAUGUUCACUAUCACCAUCUCCUCUGCUCAGACGCAGCCACCUGUCGUCACCGUCCGCAGCGGCAUUAAGGUCCAAGAAGGAGGCAGAGUCCAAAUCUCAGCCAAUCACAUUAUUGCAUCUGACCCAGACACGCCCAGAAAGGACCUGCUGGUGUGGCUGAUCACUGCACCUAAAUACGGCUUCAUUGAGAACACCAAACAAGUGGGAAAUAUCGGUGGAUCUCGUGUGAUUAGCCCUGACAUCCCCUUUACUAUAGAAGAUCUCACCUCAGACCAUAUAUUCUAUGUCCAAAAUGUCCACCAGUCCAACAUCCACCAGGAUGUCUUCAGCUUUUACAUAAGUGAUGGAUCAAGCCAAACAGAGGCGUUUGAUGUCACUAUAGACAUUCAGCAAACCAAGGAGGAGAGAGUCCCUAUCAUCUCAGUUAACAAUAUCCAGGUGGAGGAGAACUCGGGUGUGGUCAUCACUAACUCCUCUCUGAAUGUGCUGGACCAGGACACUCCUGAGAAUGAACUUGUACUUACCAUCAUUAAGAAGCCUUCAUACGGGAAGCUACGCAGAAGGCAGUUUUACUCUCAGCCUCUAGAGAAUGGCAAGAUUCUGCAGCAGGGAUCCACCUUCACCUACCAGGAUGUUCUGGAUGAGCUGCUGGUCUACACACCAGACACUCAUGGUUCUGGGACAGACGAGAUCCAGUUUUCAGUAACAGACGGCACAUACACAGAGAAGGGGCGACUGGAGAUCAGCAUGGACAUUAGCAGAAGAGAAGGCCCUAGAGUCACUAUUAACAGAGGACUACAGAUUGCAGCAGGUUCCUCAUCAAAGAUCACAGAGCAGCAUUUGAAAGGUACAGACAUAGACUCAGAUAACCUGAAGCUGCGGUUCACCCUCACCAAAGACACUAGCGUGGGCUCUCUGCUGCUCAACACCGGCAGAAACAAGGCUCAGAUAUCUGUUAAAGGACCUGUCACCAGCUUCACUCAGGGUGACAUCAACAAAGGCAAUGUGGAAUACGUUCAUGAAAAGGAAGGAGGUGGCGGAAGUUUCUCUUUCAAGUUCAACCUGGAGGAUCCUGAGGGAAACAGAGUCAUUGACCAGUCUUUCUUCAUCAGCGUUCUGGAGGACAGACUUCCUCCCACGGUGGUGGUUAAUAAAGGUUUGGUUUUGGACGAGAACACAUUAAAGAAAAUUACGACACAACAGCUCUCCUCUACCGAUCAGGACAGUGAACCUGACGAACUUGUUUACAGAAUCACCAAACAACCCCAGCUUGGUCAUAUAGAACAUUCCAGCAAGCCAGGAACACGCAUCAGUACGUUCACCCAAGCUGACCUCUCCUCCCGCAACAUUCAGUAUGUCCACACCAGUGAAGAAGAGAUCCAUUCUGAUGACUUCACUUACACUGUGUCUGAUGGAGCCAAUGAGAUAUCACAGACGUUCUACAUCACAAUCCGGCCGGUGGACGACUCUCUGCCCGUGCUGCAGGUGCCAGGGAUGAGAGUGCAGGAGGGAGUGAGGAAGACGAUCACUGAGUUUGAACUGAAGGCCACAGAUGCUGAUACAGAGGAGGACUCUGUUACAUUCACCAUAGUUCAGGCUCCUCGUCAUGGUACCAUUGAGCGCACCAGCAACGGUCAACAUUACCGUCAGACAAACACCUUCACUAUGGAUGACAUCUAUCAAAACCGCAUCAGUUACAACCAUGAUGGCAGUAAUUCCCUUAAAGACAGAUUCACGUUCACUGUUGGUGAUGGGACCAACAUGUUCUUUAUCAUCGACGAGGGUGGAAAAGAGGUGGUGACCGCUGCUCCACAGAAGUUUAAAAUUGACAUUUUGCCUGUUGAUGAUGGAACCCCUCGAAUUGUCACCAACUUGGGCCUGCAGUGGCUGGAGUACAUGGAAAAUAAGGCCACCAAUCUCAUAUCCAAGAAAGAGCUUCUUACUGUUGAUCCGGACACAGAUGAUGGACAGCUGACUUAUGAAGUCACUACAGAACCUAAAUACGGUUACCUGGAGAGUAAACUCAAACCUGGAAAACCCAUCACCUCUUUCACACAAGCUGACAUAAACCUGGGCCUUAUCCGAUACGUUCUGAAUGAGAACAAAAAUCAGGAGACCAUGGAUAACUUUAAGUUUCUUGUGAAGGACAGCAAACCGAAUGUGGUCAGUGACAAUGUGUUUCAUAUUCAGUGGUCUCUGAUCAGCUUCGAGCACAAGAGCUACAAUGCGAGUGAAAAAGAUGGAACGGUGGCAGUCACGGUGAAAAGAACCGGCAAUCUAAACCAAUAUGCAAUUGUGCUGUGCCGUACUGAACAGGGCACUGCGACCUCCACAUCUAGCAUGGGCUCUCGACCUGGACAGCAGGACUAUGUUGAAUAUGCAGGACAGGUUCAGUUUGAUGAGAGAGAAGACACUAAAGUGUGCAACAUAGUGAUCAAUGAUGACCAGGUGUUUGAGAACAUUGAGAGCUUCAAUGUGGAACUGAGCAUGCCGGUGUACGCCCUGCUGGGCUCAGUGACCCGAGCUAAAGUUAAUAUCAAUGACACAGAGGAUGAACCCACCUUGCAGUUUGAUAAAAAGAUCUACCACGUCAAUGAGAGCAAGGGCUUCAUCUUUGCUCCUGUUGAGAGAAAGGGUGACACCGGCAGCACAGUUUCAGCUUUGUGCUACACUGUGCCUAAAUCAGCCAAGGGCAGCAGCCUGCACGCUCUGGAGUCUGGAUCCGACUAUAAGACCCGCGGGAUGAGCAGUGAGAACCGUGUCAUCUUUGGCCCGGGUGUGAGCAUGUCCACCUGUGAUGUGAAACUGAUCGACGACAGUGAAUAUGAGCUCUCUGAAGAGUUUGAGCUGGUGCUGUCGGAUGCCUCGGACAACGCGCGCAUAGGAGGAGUCACAGUGGCUAAAGUUAUCAUAGAUGGGCCAAAUGAUGCCUCCACUGUCUUCCUGGGCAACGGGUCGUUCACCUUCAGUGAAGAUGCAGGCACCAUUGAAAUCCCUGUGCUGCGACAGGGCAGUGACCUUUCUUCCGUGACCUCUGUAUGGUGUGCCACACGUCCUGCGGAUCAGGAUUCAGCAACCCCUGGUGUGGAUUACAUCCCUAGCUCCAAAAAGGUGGAGUUUAAGCCAGGCAAAACUGAGGAGACGUGCAGUUUAACUAUAAUGGAUGACAUCCAGAACCCUACAAUCGAAGGGAAAGAAUCCUUCAUCGUAUUCCUUAGCUCUCCCAACGGAGCUGUCCUUACCGAGCCAUAUGAAGCACCCGUCUACAUCACGGACACCACCCAAGACAUACCUAGCAUGCAGUUUGAGAAGUUGGCGUAUACAGUAAAGGAGAAAGAUGGCGUCCUGCACAUUCCCAUUUUAAGGACAGGAGAUCUUUCCUACAAGUCUUCUGUUCGCUGUUUCACACGCACAAUGUCAGCUAUGGUGAUGGAUGACUUUGAGGAGAGGAGAAACACAGAUGACUUCAGAAUCACAUUUAAUAAAGGGCAGAAGGUGAAAAACUGUACAGUAUUGAUCCAAGACGACUCAGUAUUUGAGCCUGAAGAAGAGUUUCAGGUCCAUCUCGGCAGCCCACAAGGUGACCACUGGAUUGGAGCCAUGAUUGGAGUCAGUGACAUUAUAACUGUGACCAUUACAAAUGAUGAAGAUGCACCUACGAUAGAGUUUGAACAAGCUUCUUUCCAAGUCCGUGAGCCCCCUGGCCCAGAUGGAAUCGAAGUUUUGAAUAUCAAGGUCAUUCGUAAGGGAGACCUUGAUCGUACCUCAAAGAUCCGAUGCAGCACAAGGGAUGGAUCUGCUCAGUCAGGUGUAGACUAUAACCCCAAAAGUCGAGUACUCAAGUUUAGCCCUGGUGUGGACCAUAUCCUCUUUAAGGUAGAAAUUCUGUCCAAUGAGGACAGAGAGUGGCACGAGUCCUUCUCGCUGGUCCUUGGUCCUGACGACCCCGUUGAGGCGGUGCUUGGUGAGAUUACCAUGGCAACAGUGACUAUCCUAGAUCAGGAAGCGGCAGGAAGUCUCAUCCUUCCAGCUCCACCUAUUGUGGUGUCACUGUCGGACUAUGACUACGUCCAGGAGGUCACUAAAGAGGGCAGUAAGAAAACUCCAUCUCCUGGAUAUCCUUUGGUCUGUGUGACACCUUGCGACCCACAUUAUCCCAAAUACUCAGUCAUGAAAGGACGCUGCGAAGAGGCAGGCAUCAACCAGACCUCCAUCCACUUCGGCUGGGAGGUUGCAACUCCCACAGACACCAGUGGAGCCCGUUCACCCUUUGAGACGGUGACGGAUAACACGCCUUACACCACAGUCAAUCACAUGGUCCUGGACAGUAUCUAUUUUAGCAGACGCUUCCAUGUGCGUUGUGUUGCGCAGGCCAGAGAUAAAGCCGGUCAUUUGGGUACUCCCCUUAGAAGCAACAUCGCUACCAUCGGCACUGAGGGCUCAAUAUGCCACACCCCUGUUACCACAGGAACCGCCCGGGGCUUCCAGGCUCAGUCCUUCAUUGCCACUUUGAAAUACCUGGAUGUGAAGCACAAAGAGCAUCCAAACAGGAUCCAUAUCUCCGUGCAGAUCCCUCAUCAGGAUGGAAUGCUUCCCUUGGUGUCCACCAUGCCUCUGCACAACCUACACUUCUUGCUUUCUGAGUCCAUUUACCGUCAACAACAUGUCUGUUCCAAUCUGGUCACACUUAAAGACCUGCACGGUAUCUCUGAAACUGGUUUCCUGGAUGAUGCGUCUUACGACAGCAUAUCCCUGGGUCCCGGAUAUGACCGUCCGUACCAAUUCAACCCCAAUGUGCGAGAACCCAAAACCAUUCAGCUAUACAAGCAUCUCAAUCUGAAAAGCUGUAUAUGGACAUUUGAUGCGUAUUAUGACAUGACAGAGCUGAUCGAUGUAUGUGGAGGAUCAGUUACUGCUGACUUUCAGGUCAGAGACUCGGCUCAGUCGUUCCUGACAGUGCAGGUGCCGCUCUAUGUAUCUUACAUCUAUGUCACUGCUCCUCGUGGAUGGGCCUCUUUGGAGCACCACACAGAGAUGGAGUUCUCCUUUUUCUAUGACACGGUCUUAUGGAGAACAGGGAUUCAGACAGACAGCGUUCUUUCAGCUAGACUGCAGAUCAUUCGUAUCUUCAUCCGUGAUGAUGGGCGACUUGUGAUCGAGUUCAAAACCCACGCCAAGUUCAGAGGUCAAUUUGUCCCUGAACAUCACACGCUUCCUGGACAGAAGUCUCAUUUGAUGGCUCCAGAUCACUUGGGAGGCAUCGAAUUUGACUUGCAGUUGGUGUGGAGUGCACAGUCCUUCGAUUCCCCAUAUCAGCUAUGGAGAGCAACAAGCUCCUACAGCAGGAAAGAUUACUCUGGGGAGUACACAGUCUUUCUCAUUCCCUGCACGGUGCAGCCAACCCAGGCAUGGGUUGACUCAGGAGACAAGCCUCUCUCCUGCACAGCUCAUGCUCCUGAGAAAUUCCUGCUGCCCAUUGCGUUCCAGCAAACCAAUCGUCCUGUUCCUGUAGUCUACUCGCUGAAUACCGAGUUCCAGCUUUGUAAUAAUGAGAAAGUCUUUCUAAUGGAUCCUGCUACCGCUGAGAUGUCUGUGGCUGAGAUGGACUAUAAAGGAGCUUUUUCUAUGGGUCAAACACUAUAUGGACGAGUAAUGUGGAAUCCAGACCAGAACUUGAAUUCAGCCUAUAAGCUGCAGCUGGAGAAGGUGUAUCUGUGUACUGGGCGGGACGGAUACGUGCCCUUCUUCGACCCAACGGGCACCCUGUACAAUGAGGGCCCUCAGUACGGCUGCAUUCAACCAAACAAGCACCUUAAACACAGGUUCCUGCUUCUGGACCGGAAGCAGCCUGAUGUUUGUGACCGCUACUUCCAUGACGUUCCCUUCGAGGCCAACUUUGCAUCUGAUAUUCCCGAUCUCCAGUCCUUGUCGUUGACUCCAGGUGUGGAUGGCUUUACAAUGAAAGUUGAUGCCCUUUAUAAGGUCGAGGCAGGGCACCAGUGGUACCUCCAGGUGAUCUACGUUAUUGGACCCGAGUCCAUAUCCGCCCCCAGAAUCAAACGCUCUGUGACCUAUGAGCUGAAGCGAAGUCGCAGAGAUCUAGUGGAUCGUUCAGGUCGCCUGACUUUGGAUGAAUCCCUAAUCUACGAUAACGAAGGUGACCAGGUGAAAAAUGGAACCAACAUGAAGACCUUAAGGCUCGAGAUGGAACCGUCGGGUACCUUCAACCCUCAGAUGGGAGGAUCCAUUGGGGGUGGCGUGGCAGCGAUGGUCCUAAUUUUUCUGCUCCUUCUAGCUUUCUGUCUGGUGGUGAGGAAGUGCCGCAGGGUUGUGAAAAAGAGGCCUGCAAAGGCGGUGGAGGAUUAUCCUCUAAACACCAAGGUGGAAGUUUGUAUCGAACGUCUGGAGAAGAAUCUCAACGGCAAGCACUGCUCCGUAAGGAACGUCAACCUCCUCAACAAGAAUCCUGAGACUUACAAGGUCAAUGGAGUGAAGGUCAAACAAGUCAAUCUGGAGGUCAAACUCCACAACAACCUGAACGACGGCACUGAAGUCUGACCUUCUUAAUGGAGGAUUUAAUGAGGAAAAACAAUUUAAAAUAAAGCAUUUUCUAUUAAUAUUUGUAAUAAUAAUGUUGUUAAUGUAUUUUUGUAUGACCAUGAGUGAAAAAGGGAAAGUGUGCUUGCCAGCUAUGCAGUGUAAAUCAUUUCACAACUGAGCUACCUCAAUAAGAAACAUAAAACAACAAAUGAACAGCACAUAAUAGAGUCUUAAAAGCUUAUUUUCCAUCUUAGUUUGAAAUCGUUGUGUAUGAAUAUCAAUAUACUACAGCUCGGUGGUAGCUCAGCCUCUUUGUUUCUCUUUAUAUGAAUAGAGAGUUUGUAUCACUGCGCCUGCUAUUUUACCAUGCCAGUAAAAAUAAAUAAAAGUAUUAACGGAAGGAUGAGUGCCAAUGCUUGGUAAGCGGUGUAAAUAUAUGUUUAUUAAGUGCAAUUACCUGAUGACAUGGUCAUCCCUGUAUUUCGAUGUGCUGCGUCAUUGUGAAAUUUACUUUAGGCCUGAUCACCGGUGUGCCAUGCAGAUAUUUGUCAACAAGUGCGAUUUAUUUAAUUCCAAAUUCGAAUAGACUGCCCAAAGUGAUGCAUUGGUUAGUUUAUGUUAAUACAUGCUUGUAGUCGUCAACUGACGAAAGGGUUUUGAUCAGUUGUACUGUAUAGCCACUACUGAUUACUAUUUAUAGAUUUACUGCCAGUGUGGUCCCACCACUGAAUUGCUGUAAAACACUGGACAACAAAAUGUAUUCUUUUAUCUUCUGAGUGAUGUACUGAUGUAACCGAACACUACCAAAAACCUUGACAUGUUUUUUUACUUCAUAAACUUGCACAUGCAGAUUGUUUCACUAUUUCAAUAUUAUUCACAUCAUGUUAUCUUACAUUACUUGUAUUAUUGUCUUGUAUUAAUGUCACAUCUUGAUUAAGUAAAGCACAUUUGUUUUAUUUUAUUGGCUAUAUCAUUUUUACAGUUGUUCUGUAAUCUUGUCGUAUUAGGAAGUUGUUACAUGGUGCUGAUGUGAUCACAGAUCUUUGACCAGCAUCCAGAUAUUUUACAGCGCUGGGUGUAGGGUUGGAAAUGUUAUGAUUAUAAAUUUAUAGUCAGUAUUUCUAUUUUUUUUCCUUUUAUUUCUUUCUCUUAGUUACUCCCUCACUCACUUUGGAUCUCGUUUUAUCAAUUACUGUGGAGUGCCUAUUAAACAAAGGAACAAUUUGAUGACAAAUGUUUUGGUGCUAUCAUAUAUGGUGACGUAAUUAACACAAUGCCUGUAUUUGUGCCUUUUUUAGCAAUAAAACGAAUAAAUUAA